CUCGCCUUUCUGCGCCCCUGUUCUUCUUUCUCCGCUCCGUCCUCAUACAUGCUGCCGUGUGUCUGUACCGCCGAUUUCCGUCCGUAGCGCCUUGUUGGCAGACGCUUGGGAAGCCGAGUGCUCAUCCCCUGUGUUCGUCUUUUCAGUGGCGUAGGGACGCCUCGCCAUGUUCAAGCGGGCCAGCGCAGCAGACGUUCAGCCAGGUGAUCGGAGCGCUGGGGGUGCAAGCAGCAGCGACGCGACUCCACUCUACGAGCCUUUGGAUGAAGACGCCGUGGCCGAGCAGGGCUCCCUGGCUGAAAGUGGUCCACAGCGCUCCGCCGGAAGUUGCUGCAUCAACACGCAGGGGCAGGCCUUCAACCUCUGCGUGGGCCUUGUGGUGUGUGCCAGCGCUGUCCUGUUGGCUCUCGAGGCGGACACCGGCCUCCUCGUGCGCGGCGGCGCGGCGCGCUGGGACAGCCUGGAGGCGGACCUCGGCCUGCUGGGCGCCACCCCCGAGGCCCAGCAGCGGGCGGAGGCCGGCAUCAAGGGCGGGAUGGCCUGGGAGAAGCAGCUGGGCGGGGACGCAGCGGACACGCUCGGAGCAAAGCAGGGCCUCCGGCUGGGCACGUACGCGGCCCUGGAGUGGCUCAUCGUGCUGAGCUUCUCCCUGGAGGUGGCAUUCCGCCUCUGCGACCGGGGCAAGGC